AUGGGGAGAGUCAAAAUACCGAUGAGAAAAAUAGCCAGUAGACAUCGAAGAAACAUUACAUUUGCCAAAAGAAAAAACGGGCUUCUUAAAAAAGCUUAUGAACUAUUUAUUCUAUGUGAUGUUCAAAUGGUUCUCAUUAUGUUCUCACCUGCUGGUAAACUUUUCAUUUUUGAUACAAAAACAAGGAUGGAAGAGACUAUAAAGAAGUAUAUGGAUAUGCCCAUACGUCCAAGCAGGCUCCCAGUCCCAGAUGAAGCGUAUAUACGACAAUGGAUAGAUAUCAUGCGUUUAGAAUCACACUAUCCUGAACCGAACGAGAUCGAAAAUGAAAUCUUCAAAUACCAUUGUGAAUUGGCCAAAGUGGAACAACAAUUAGGGUACUUUUUAAAACCUCCAAAUCAGUGGGCAACAAGAGAUGACAUUGAGUAUCAAGAGAAAUUACUCGAGGAGACGUUGGAUAAAGUCCGAUCUCGGAAGAAAUAUUUGAAAGCUCGAAAUGAAGUCUUUGAUGCUUUUAUGCCUGGUUCAAACUGA